AAUGAUGGAGCGAGGUCGAGAUAAAGGGCGCUUUGGCCGCCAGCCCACAUCUGAAGUGGAAGUUAUGCUGCUGCUUCCAGCGUCAGCAGCUGAGCAUGGCCAAGCAGUACGACGUGUUACUGAGGCUGCUGAUUCUCGGAGAUACCGGCGUUGGGAAAACGUGCUUGUUGCGCAGGUUCACCGAACAGGAAUUUCAUCCUUCGCAUAUUUCCACCAUCGGAGUUGAUUUUAAGAUGAAAACAUUAGAAAUCGAUGGCGUCAAAGUGCGUGUGCAGAUAUGGGACACGGCCGGCCAGGAGCGUUACCACACCAUUACCAAGCAGUACUACAGAAGAGCACAGGGCAUUAUCCUUGUGUACGACGUCACGGAUCAGCCUUCCUUUCAGCACAUUGUGAAGUGGGCCAGUGAUGUAGAUGAGUAUUCCCCUAACAAGCUGCAGAAGAUCCUAGUGGGAAACAAGUCUGACGAGCAGAUGAAGCGGCAAGUGACCAAGGAACAAGGAAGCAAGCUAGCAGAGACAUAUGGGAUGGACUUUUUUGAGACGAGUGUAUAUGCCAACAGUAACAUCACCGAGGCAUUCAGUCAUCUGACACAGCUGGUACUGCAAGCUCACAAUAGUGAUGCAGUCAACCUGCUGGGAUCGUUGGACGAUUAUCUCAACAUAGCUGCUCUGAAAGAGGAGAGGACCACUGAAGACGAUAAUACCUACACUCAGAGGAUUUGCUCAUGUUAGCAAGAAGACAUCCAUUGUGGCAUGGCUCAUAGCUUAGGACGCCCACCCUCCUUAUUGUUGUGACUGAAUGCAAUUAAGGUGCAGUUACCCUUUAAAAGAGGGAAUGAUUUGUGAACUCUGUUGCUUGCAAGGGAUUUCUUUAAAAUGAUUAUGAUUAUUAUCAUUGUAGAUCUGGAUGUACUGUGAGCAGUUAGUAUCCAGCAGAGGGCCCAUUUUCCACAACAUUGCCCUGAACCCUUUGGCAAAUCUACUAUUUAGCCGAAAUUUAAAAGCCAUCUCUGUGCCAUUGGUUAGCUGCAGCAACAAUAAUACUAUCAACACCAACUCUGAUUUUAUAUGACCUCUUGUAAAGACCCUUUUGUAUUGUAAUAUUGCUUCACUGUGCUCCAUUGGCUUUGCUGUUUCAUCUGCAAUGUACACAUCUAAAUUUGAACACUAUUUGUGAUUCUUUCUAUUUCAAAUCAAUCAUUAGCUCUAUCUAUUGAGGUGAGAAGGGUAUGGGGCCAAUGAAAAGGUAGCCAGAAGACAGAGUUGAAUUAUUUACACCCAGAAACUCAAACCAGGUAAGGCUGGAUUAUUUUACACAAUGGACUUGUUUACACAAGUGAGACGGUCUCAUGGUGAACCAGGAUGACCAAGCAGUGCAUAUUGUGUGGCAUAUCCCCAAAGUACAUAGCAACAACCCAGUGAUAUUUCUUAGAGGCAUGAAGGUGCCACAGA